AUGCCAAAUUCACGCCAUCUCCCGCACUUACUCCUCUACGCCUCUACCAUUAUCAAGCCAAACCAUGCAAAAGUUACCCGCCCUCCAACCCUACCCAAACCAGUGGACAAUCCAUGCCACAACCCUCCACAGACUCUCCCGUUCCCCGAUUCAAUCGAUAAUGCACCACCCAAAAAUGAUUGCACUAUCGACUGCAAGCGCUCACGCUGGGAAACAUGGCAUUUAUUACAGCACAAAAUUCCCUGUUAA